UUACUCUAUUCUCUAUCUAUCAGUUUUCUUUUUUUCGUUCGUUCGUUCGUUCCUUCCUAAAUAUUUAUUUCACAAUUUUGGUGAAUCCACUCUGUCGUUGCCCGCCACUUUUAGGGUUUGCUCUUGAAGAUCGCAUAUCAACAGUGAUUGGGAGGAUCUUGAGAAGCAUUCAGAGCAGCGACAAUGUUUUUUGAAGGAUAUGAAUAUCAUGGAACAUCGUUUGAGCAGACAUAUCGUUGCUACCCUGCAUCUUUUAUUGAUAAGCCUCAGCUGGAAAGCGGUGAUAAAAUUAUAAUGCCGCCCUCGGCACUUGACCGCCUUGCAUCUCUUCAUAUUGAUUAUCCAAUGUUGUUCGAGGUCCGAAAUGCUGCAACGGAGCGGGUGUCACAUUGUGGUGUGCUGGAAUUCAUUGCGGAAGAGGGGAUGAUCUAUAUGCCGUACUGGAUGAUGCAAAACAUGCUCCUAGAAGAGGGAGGUACUGUUCGGGUGAAAAAUGUAACUCUUCCGAAGGGAACAUAUGUGAAACUGCAGCCACACACAAAGGAUUUUUUGGAUAUAUCCAACCCCAAAGCCAUUUUGGAGACAACAUUAAGGAACUUCUCCUGCUUAACCACUGGGGACAGUAUAAUGGUAGCUUACAACAAUAAGAAAUAUUACAUCGAUAUUGUAGAAUCAAAACCUGCAAACGCCAUUAGUAUCAUUGAAACGGAUUGUGAGGUGGAUUUUGCUCCUCCCCUUGAUUAUGUAGAGCCUGAAAGACCUGCUCCAUCUGUUCCUUCAAGCAAAGCAGCAGCAUCAGCAGUUCAAGAACCCCAGAUCGAGGAAGAGCCAAAGUUCAAACCAUUUACUGGUGGUGGAAGACGCUUAGAUGGAAAACCUUUGAAGAACCCGCCUUCUCCAGUUUCUUCCAGCAGUGGUGCCAAAGACAAGCGACCAGAGCCAAGUGCUGCUGGUGUGCCAAAUCCAGCGGCUUCGACAUCACAGUCUACUUCUCGUCAGCCUCAAGGAAAGCUAGUGUUUGGUUCACAUGCAAAACCAGCAGCUCCGAAAGAAACACCUAAGGCCGCUGCUGCUGCUCCUGCAAAAGAUGCAAAACAAGAGCAGCCUGAAAAGAAAGAAGACCCAAAGUUCCAAGCUUUUACAGGGAAGAAGUACUCAUUGAAGGGUUGAUCUAGUCCCACUGUGGGGUUUCAAACUUUAAGCUCUUGUUUUUUUUGUUCACCUCUUUCAGCUGGAUCAAAAUAUAAGAUGAUGAAAUAUAGACUUUCUACUGUAUCAUUUGUAUUAUAAAAGUAGAUUCUGAGGUGGUGACGGUAUCUUUCUUUUCUAUGAUGAAUUUCGUACAGUUAAAAAAAUUGAAUGGCUCAAUGGUUUUGAGUUCUAACUCCACAAGGUUCAUUUAUUUAUUUUUUGGCAGU